UUUCCUUCUUUUUAGCACAAUAUAGAAAGGAUAUAUUAAACAUACGUGCAAUCGAGCCGCUCCAGGUGUGAAACUGCGGUUAAUGGAGGCGAGAUUAGACUAUAAAGAGGCGGUGAGAUUGGAGGUUUAGCGCCAAGUUAAAUCUACUCCUCCCUGCUAGGCGCCAGCUCAGAGGAACUAGCCCGGCCUGGGUACACAGACGCACAAAGAGCUCCUCCGAGUACGAACAACAGGCGGUGAAGUUACUCAAAAUUCAUAUUUAUUUUUUUAGACGUGGAUGAGAGUGAACUUCAAGGGCAGAGUCUUGAGGUUUACUCUGGGAACUGACACCAACCCCUCAGAAUAUAAUGAGAGGAAAACGGGAAGACACAGAACCGAAGUCUGUUGCUCCUGAGGCGCCCAAAGAAAACACAGCACGACCGAGAAAGAGGAAGGCAGAUGUUGCUAUUUAUUUACAAGAUCUGGAUGAUGAUGAGGAGGUAGCAGAGAUGACGAGGAAGAAGCAGCGUGACUGUGAGCUGGUCUGGAGUCCUGGUACUGGUUACAAGAGUCCACACAGGUGGAUUCCCACGCCUGAUCACGAAGAGGACCAACCUGUUGCUCUGAUAAAUGCAGGCUUCCCCCACUACAACUUUAACAACAUAUUUGUCACCCCCGUGCAUUGUGCCCCACUCCCUGCGCUGUGCUGGGCCAGUAAGGAUGUGGUGUGGAGCAACAUGUUGGAGAAGGAUAAGACCUACACCAGAGAUGUGCAUGUGAUGGAGAAGCAUCCUCAUCUUCAGCCCAAGAUGAGAGCAAUUCUCCUGGACUGGCUCAUGGAGGUGAGUGAGGUGUACAAGCUGCACAGGGAGACGUACCACCUCGCUCAGGACUACUUUGACCGCUUCAUGGCCACACAGAGAAACGUCUUCAAAUCAACACUGCAGCUCAUAGGCAUCACCUGUCUCUUCAUCGCUGCCAAAGUCGAGGAGAUGUAUCCUCCCAAGGUCCACCAGUUUGCCUACGUUACAGACGAGGCCUGCACGGAAGAUGAGAUUCUCAGUAUGGAAAUCAUUAUUAUGAAGGAGCUGAAGUGGAGUCUCAGUCCACAGACUCCCAUCUCCUGGCUCAAUGUUUACAUGCAGGUGGCCUACCUGAAAGAGACAGAUGACCUGCUCAUCCCCAGAUACCCCCAGACUACCUUCUCACAGAUAUCAGAGUUGUUGGAUCUCUGUAUGCUAGAUGUGCAUUGCCUUGAGUUUUCCAAUGGUACCCUGGCUGCUUCAGCCCUGUUUCACUUCUCCUCCUUGGAGCUGGUGGAAAACGUUUCAGCCCUGAAGUGGGUGGAGGUAGAGGAGUGUGUAAGGUGGAUGGUGCCUUUUGCCAUGGCUCUGCGGGAGGUUGGCGGGUUGCCCAUGAAAACAUUCCCAGGAAUCCCUGCGGAUGACAUGCACAACAUCCAGUCCCAUGCCCCUUAUCUGACAUGGCUGGACAAGGCCUACUCUUACCAGGAUGUGGAGUUGGAGUGUCACGGCCGGUGCUCUGUCCCUUCAGGCGUCCUGACUCCACCUCUGAGCAGUGAGAAAACUGAAGAGCUGGCUCGAGUGGACAGCACAAAACUGAAAGUUAUACCAAGGAUGCACGCGGCAUCUCCACAGCGGUCCCUUCCAAAGUAGCGAAGCGACCACUGAAACUGAUGAGACAACAGCAAAUUUUAAUUCGAUUUUUACAUUGGAGCUGUAAGAAAGGCGCAGCUCUGAUGUGUUGCCUCUGAACAGUGACGCCUCUGCAGCACCAGUACAGAUGUAUGAUGGAUUUCUGGUGGGGAAACACUGGAAGUGGUAUUUUCUCAUUUCAAAGUCAUGCUGAUUUACUUGGAUGCUUUUAAAUGUCUCUGAAGGGGGUGAAUACACUGACUUUGGAUAAAUUGGGGAAGUACUGACAAUCAGUGAACAAAUGGCUUUGAUCCCCACAGGAAUCUUUACCUAUUCAACCCUCCAGCUCGGGUGAAAACACAAAGCUAAGGGCCAGUAGGGAUGGGACGGCCCAAGAGGAGAAUUCUUUUGUUUGUUUGUUUUUUUUUUUUUUGUUUUUUUUAAUAGCAUUGCACCCUCAUGCUUGCAUUAAUUACCAGUCACACCUACAUUUAAUGGUUGCCAUCUUUAUUUGCUAUGCAGAGGCCAAAUUCAGUUUUAUGGAGUCUGUAUUUGAUUGUGUGUGUGUGCUAGUUUUUUUUUUUUUUUUUUUUUUUUUUUUUUUUAAAUUCUUUUAGUGGCCUCAUUUGCCCAAAAACUAUUCCUAGAGUCCUAUUUGGCUCUAUGUGCUGCUAUAAAGUGGGCUUUGCAUGAUGGAGGGGGAGGAGAGCGAGUGUGUGUGUGAAUGAGUGUGUGAGAUUUUUUGUUUUUUCUUAAUGAUAUGAAAUAGGGUGUUGCUCUUGUUUUUGGUUGUACUCUCUGUACAUUUUAUUGGAUAAAACAUGGCCAUGUUUUACUUGGGGACCAGUAGCUCGGCUACAUAAAUGGACAAGUGACAAAGCCAGGCUUCAGAAGCUAAACUAUGGAUUGUAUUUAACUUUGUUUUUUUUUUUUUUUUUUAUCCCAACCUGCAGUUCGUUUGCCCACCACCAAAAUGUAAGAUUUCUAUUUUGACAUUUUAAAAAUAAAAUGCUGCUACAUAUUUUCCAUCAAAGAAAGUUUCUCAAGACUUUUUAAUUUAG